AAGAAGAAGAACUUCCUGUCGGCGGCAAAGCGUGCUGCUGGAUUCUGAAGCUAAGACGUGUUUGUGACAAAAAGCCGUCUGUCUUGCCAUUUAUAAUCCUUCACGAGUAUUAAUUUGAAUAAAAAUGAGUUUACCUCUGAACCCAAAGCCUUUCCUGAACGGCCUGACAGGGAAGCCCGUGAUGGUGAAGCUGAAGUGGGGGAUGGAGUACAAGGGCUACCUGGUGUCUGUGGACGGAUACAUGAACAUGCAGCUGGCAAACACAGAAGAGUUUGUGGAUGGAGCGUUGGCAGGUCAUCUCGGUGAAGUGCUCAUCAGGUGCAACAAUGUUUUGUACAUCAGAGGCGUAGAAGAAGAGGAAGAGGACGGAGAAAUGAGAGAAUGAUGCUGAUGAAGAGCAGAGGCGUUGAAGAAGAGGAAGAGGACCCAAAAAAGGGGGAAAUGAUGCUGAUGGAGAGCAGUCAGUCUGUUGGUUCUGACUAAGUGCGAUUGAACUUCGUAGUUGAGUUGUAUGUGUGUGUAUUUCUGUGUUUUCACCAUGUGAAGCAAAAGAACACUUGUGUUUUAGCUUUUCCUCAGAAAACGUUCCUAUUUUUUUUUGUUUUCUACUUUGUUGUGUUACUUGUGUCUUGCUUAUGUUGUGGUGCAAAAACAAUAAAAUACUAUUCUACCAUUU